CCCCUACUUAACACAUAAUAUAACUUGCUACGUUCGUCUAAUGAGCUUAUUCUUUCUUUUUUAAUGUUAGAACUAUUGCCUAUACCCUGUUUCUUUAUUCCGUGUCGGAAAUCCUCUUGACUCUAACUAGUGUUGACUCCAUUGGUCAGCGAAAUCCGUAAGUAUUUCUUCAGUACUCAAACAACAACAACUUUAGCCUGCGAGCAAGCUCUCCUAUUUGGACCAGCGAAGUGAGCCUCACUCGCCCAAAUAGGAGAGCUUGCUCCCAGACUACAACAACUUUAAUUGUACCCGACAGAAUACAGUAAUGUCUUAUGAUAAAAAAAACAAAUUAACAAAAAUUGAAAAGAAGCACCGGAAUUUUUUUCUUUUUUCCCGCUAAGUGAAUCGCCAUUCGUUUCUCCAUUUACUCGUCCAUUUUCUCUUUGUUAGGCAUGGUCAUCCUUCCUUUAGUUAAAAGAGAACUUUAGAUUUGAGGACGAGGACGACUGAAAGUACGAGAUUUAACUGACUUUUUAUUUGGCGUAUUCUCGAAAAAUAUUCAACCCGGAAAACUUCAUUGUACUAUUUUUCACCGGAAAAAUAAGAGCGGUUAUUUUUUAGUCCUUUCCAGGUCGCAAAAAAAGAAAAAAAACUUCUAAAAUUUGAUAACUUGUUCCCGCCACUGAGACAAUCUUGCUAAAACUCGUAGUAGAAUGACGAGGGCUAUCACGUUUUCCCGACAAAAUGACCCUGGUUCACGCGUGAGCAAUACUCAGUAUUGAGAAAAUCUCCUACUCGUAGUCGUUCUCGUCUCAGAAUCUAAAGCUCUCUAAAAGCAGGGGGCAGCGUGACUAAGCCUGGCGAACUAGACUAAGGCAUCGGUUUUGGUGUUUCGUAAGGUAGUCCCCGAGUUCAACUCCUUGGCCAUGUUUGUAAAAAGCUAACUAGUUUGCCCCUUGUCAGUUCGGGAACCAUGUCAUUUUUCGUUAAGAUUAAUCGUUUGUGAUUAUUGAGUAGAACGCCUGUAAACAAGCUGCAAUCAAAGUUAAGUGCACCAGUUCCAUUAUAAAGAAAGUUUUUCCUUCCUCUUCCUCAGUGUAGAUAUAAAGGUACCCAAGUUUCUUUGUAAUUGCGACAACAUUUUUCACUUGAAUUAUCCUUAAGGAUAGGGCCUCUGAUAUCCUUGUUUGCCAUGGCCAUUGCAUGCGGUAACAUCAAGCCUUGCCUCGCUGCCUUUGGUGGUGAUCAGUUCCGAAAAGAUCAGGUUAGUCCAAUAUAACAGAUUAAGCUGACUUUUUGUUGAGCUUGAAGAGAGGACAAAAGGAACAGGUUUUAAAUUCUGAAGUUAAAGACUGUCUUUGUAGGUCUCUUCUAGCAGAUGCUUAUUGGACAAUCACAAGCAAAGAUAUCUAAAUAUGCAACUGUAGGGUUGCGAGGGCGGAUUCUCUAUUUUAAUAAAACUUGCAAGUUCUUUAGACCGCCGUGAUCCGCGCGUCUUUCUCUCAAACUAAGAACAAGAUCAGGUCAGUUAUGCUAACAUUAGCGUCUGAGGAAAAGAGUGUAUUCGGUCGAAGCUCUCACUCACCUUUCUUUCAACAGGAACACUUGUUAGAGCUGUUUUUCGCUAUGUUCUAUGCUUCAGUGAACGUUGGAGCAGUACUCUGCAUGUGGUUUAUUCCUAUGGUUAGAAGUGAGUAUGUUCAAUCAGUUUUAUUUCAGUCCUUAUAUGCAAGAAUUCACCAUUGCUGUUAAUGUAGAUUACACGUGAAAAAAGGCCGCGUUGGAAUCGGAGAUAUAGCCAUUUAGAAUAGACUGUUUAGAAACUCUUCAGGGAAAAAAAAUGAUUGAUCUCUAUGUGCCACACACGAACCCGAAAAAAGAGCUCCUCGAUUGGAAUGUUCACUCAACGUCUUGUGUCAGUUACACUUUGAUAUGGAGACUUCCCCCUUGCUAUAAGGGUUUGUGUGUUUGUGGAUGAGUGACAUCGAACAAGCACUUGAUUUCAAAUGCGCGUGUCCAGGAGGUGGCCUCUCAUUGUUAGUUCCUCUCUCUGUGAAAGUACUUAGUGACCAUUGUCUCCUUUUUUUUUCUUCUUAGCUGAUAUACAAUGUUUUGGCAGGGAUUGUUACCCAGCGGUGUUUGGAAUUAACACAGUUCUCAUCAUUAUGGCUACUUGUAAGUUGCCGGAGAGUUUGAAUGUCAUAUCCUUACGACUGAGGUAGAAAGAAACUGUCCGUCCGCGACUGACUCACAGGACGCUAUCCUGGCAAGACUUGUAUCAUACAUCAACCUACUAAGUGGCAGUGUGUUUACCAUGUUCCCUCCAUAGUUCAGAAUAGUACACUCUCCUGGUAAUCAGGUGGUCAUAGUUACGGAUCUCAUUACGCAACCAACCUUAUUCUCUCUCCUAUACGCUCGUGACAUGAACACUGCAUUCCCGACUUCUUAUAUAAUUAAAAUUCCAUCCUCAACUUUCAUUUGGUUAACCAGGUUAUAUUUGCUCCCCGAGUCACUCAAUUGGCUACAUGAGAUUGAGUAAUGCUUGUGAAAUCCCCAUUAGACGAAUGUAUCUCGCUCUUUUUUCUUUCCUUCUCAGGCAUAUUAUAACCGAGCGCUUAUCUCUAAACUCGUACAAGACACCGUACGUUCAAAAUUGUUUGGAUUUAACAGAGUCCUGACCUGUUCUAGGGUCUUAUAUAACUACUUUUUCGUGUUUCUUUUCUAACAGUGUCUAUGGUUGGAGGGAAAAGAUGGUACACCCUUAAGGAUCCAGCUGGCAAUGUCAUGAUACGAGUCUUUAAAAUCAUUUGGGUAAGACGUCCAACGAAUUAAGCUCUUGGAAUUUGAAAACCUAUCCGCUUUUACGCCCUAUUGUCCGUGUAAAUAUUAUUACUGUUUCGUUAAGACUGAAAAACUGAGUUGAGGCGUGAUAAGAAGAUUAGUUGUCAGCGAUGUUCCUUCCCUUCCGCCUUUUUGUAGUCAUCACUCAGAGACUUUUCGUAAUAAGCCCUGAUUCCCCUAGUCGAAAACCUGCAUUUAACAUAGAUUUUUUAGAGUCGCAGAUUUGUAACCCUGGAUGAACAAAGUUGAUUCAUCUUGGUAUUAAUCAAUAAAUUAAUAUUACUUAUUUAUUCAUUCAUUUUAUUUUAUUUUGUUGAUACAUAGUACACAAAAUAGAGUGGGUAAGGAUAUGGAACGUUAUAUCCUACGGAAGCCUCUUAUAUUCCUUAUUCCGUAGGAUUUAAGUCUUAUUGUGAUAACCUUGCCUUUUAUCGCUUCUUUCAGCACGCACUAUCCAACAAAGUUACAGGUUCAGGACCUGCUCAAUGUAAUCACUGGUUAGACAACGCCACUGAUGAUUACGAGGUACACAGACUCAGCGUUUGAGCGGCAUCCUAUCAAAAGCCCCGCAUGAAGAUGCUGCAUGCGACGAAUCACAAGAAAUAAAAUGAGUCAGUUAAAACACAAAGGAAAAACUAGCCUUCUAGCGAAGAGACCCUAGUGCGAGCGGCGAGCAAAGCGGAGCGCGAGGGCGUAUCUUUUUAUGUUCACGUAUGACCUUACGAUCUUGCGAGUUGUUUUACAUUUAUAGAGAGCUGGCCACGCCCCUGAGACAAAGAAUAGCUUAGCACGACGCUUAGUACAGAAAUGCGCACCCGCAACCGCUUGCAGAUUGUUGCUUAUGCCGCUACUAUUGCGUAUAAAACACCCUGCGACACUUAAGAAGGAGAGUAACUAAUACAAAGGAUAUCAUUGAUACUUUUUAGCAAAAGGAAAUCAACGACAUCAAGCUUCUUCUCCGUGUGCUUAAAAUGUACAUUCCUCUUCCAGUGUUCUGGGCCCUUUUCCAUCAGCAGGUAAAUAUCUAAAGGGGAAUAAAUUGUUUCUGAUAACGGAGGUAAUAAUGUCCAUAGUAACCAUCUUUCUUUUACGGCCAAAGCAUCAGUCACAAUGAAUCCGGCGGGGACUCUGGGCGGAGAUGCUCGUUGUCUUGCUUAGGUGUCCAAAUUUCAAUUCCGCAAAUAUUUUUACCCUCAGAGGUAUCGCUUGAGGAUGUAGGUGAAAUUAUAAACAAAGACGAAAGAAGAGAUAAAGCGUUCGGGGAUAAAGUCUCAUCGAUCUUGAAAUUACUAGAGCUCGAACGUGGCUGGGACGUCUGGUUUAAAAUGUUAGCCAUCCCUCACAAAAAAGUGCUUCAUGGUUGAAGAUUGUAGUUUCUAUUUUGUUUAUUUGCCACAUUCCUCUUCUAUUCUCCGAAAAUUAUUUUAAGCAGAGGUUGAACCUAUUUUACUCUUUAAAAUGAAAGGAAAAGGUCUUGGAGAAAAAAAGCGCUGUUUAGUUCAAAUCAGUGAUCAAAACGCCGUGCCUUUUUUCUUUCUUUUAGGGUUCAAGCUGGACUCUUCAAGCUGAGCAAAUGGACGGGGAUUUGGUGAGAUAUUUAUUUAUCUAGCAAUUUGCCACACUCCCUUUGCCGCCUUAUUUAUUUCAGUGACCAUACCAUAAGUCUACAAAGUGUGUUUGUUUUUUUGUUAGGGUGGAUUUACUUUGCGGUCGGAUCAAAUUCAAGUGAGUAUAAGACUGGCUGAAUACACAGUUUAUCAGCGAAAUCAAUAUUAGCUAUAAUAAGAAUUUACUCGACGAGAUAAUCUCUCGUGCCGUUUAUGAAGCUAAUACUUUUUUUUCUCUCUCUCUCGCUCUCUCUCAGGCGUUGAAUCCAAUUCUUGUCCUCAUUCUUAUCCCGCUGUAUGAUGGUGUUAUCUAUCCCAUUUUUGAGCGCUGCCAAAUGCCUCUCAGGUAUCUAUAUAUUAUUAAAAAUCGAAAUUGAUUCAGUAUGAUGAAUGAUUACCCCCAAGAUCGAAUGGAAAACGCGAUGAACGGGCCAGAGAACGGAAAUUGCCCUUUCUUUAAGUUUCGAAACAAAGUUAUUUUUUCCGCGUUCACCGCGGCACUGAACAAGGUGGUCAUGGCUAGUCUACUCGGCUGGUCGUUGUUUUGUUGGACAAAACGGGUCUGUUGAGGGAAUAUAGUCUUUUCCGCAUUACGUAAUGUUUAAAAGAACUCGGAGGAGUGUAUUAUCAGGUUAAAGACUCGAGGCGAAGCCGAGAGUUUUUACACCUCGGCCUGAUAGUACAUGACUGCGAGUUUUUUGAACAGCUUCAAAAUCUCUGAUGUAGAUCAGCUCAUUCUAGCACUAAUAUUCAGAUUUGGGGUUAUUUUGGCCUAAAAAAAUCGGACGUAAAGUUUAGCCGUGCCUUUAUCAAAUAUAAAGACAUUCAUUAAACAUUUAAAAUUUCUUUUGUUUAUUCUUUAUGAAUUAUCAAUGAGUUUUUGAAUAUGUGAGAAAGUAAGGCUACGACUGUGUUAUAUUUAUCAGGACCCAAUAAUUUUACCAUAUUAUUAAUUAAUUUCGGUAAAAUUCUCUGUUUCAGUGCCCUGAAAAAAAUGACUGGAGGCUUAAUACUGGCUGCGAUUUCUUUUGUUAUUUGCGCUUUUGUCCAGAUUCAGAUCCAGGUAUUGUACGUUUCUCCAAGUGAAGGUAGUGAAGAUUUAUCGGCCUUCAUUUGCUUGAUUGCUAUCUCAAAUUAAAAAAAUGUCCUUUAAACAUAAACCGUAUUAGGAGUUCUUAGAUUGUCCCAUGGCUUUAUCGGUCGCGCUAAAUAGCGGAUAGAGGUGAUAAUGACUGCCUUUGAUGAAGGAAAACGUUUUGCCAGAUAAUCUACAACGAAAAAAGACAAAUAAAGUGUGUGAAUGAAGUGAGAUAUUGUUAGUCAAUGUCUCCAGACUUUUAAACUGUCUGGUCGAAGUUCUUAGUUUUCCUAGUUUAUUCGUGAUAGUUUAAGAGAAUAAAGGUGAAAGUAGGGUUUCUGCUGACAGCUGACGUUUUGCGAGUCAAUCUAGCUACAGGAAAACGAGAUAACUUCAUUAUAAAUGAAGUGACAUAAUGUUAGUUUAUGUCACUUACUAACAGCAUUUCUGUCGAUUUUGACUCAUAACUCUCAGCGUGGUUACGUGGAUGCAUGACUCAGUGCCGAGACUCUCAGGCUCAAACCGUGAACUUUUUUUCAGACUAUUGGUCAGGGACCUGCAUUGCCGGCUGUCAGCCACACCAAGCUGGAAUUCAUCAACGGCGCUCCAUGCCCGGUGUCCAUCGAUCGACAGUCUUUCUUCAUGGUCGACCUCAAAUAUGGCGAGGUUUGUUCGAUGAAAGGUUUUAUUCUUUUUAUUAAUGAGAAUGGCUUUAGCUCAGUAUCAAAGUUGUCUUUCGAUUUUACUGAUUUCGUACAUUGAUAUAUUACUGGUGAACGAUGAAAUAUCAUCUUCAUUUACACAGUCACAUUCAGUUACAAUAAGGGUGUCAGCUCCAGACGCGUACUUGAGUGUUUUACGACAAUCAAAACAUUCGCUAGUUAAACGUUACGGGGACAUUCUCUUCUCGUUGUUAUUUUGUGAGCAGAUUAUUUUAAUAAUACACAUCAAGCAGUCGUUCCUUUUUCCUCAAAGGAAAAUAAGCAGAUGUUCGGGAAAAUUAGCCCUUACUCAUCCCCCCUAAAGAGCGGGAGGAUCAAAGACCGGACACGAUAGACGGCGGAAAACUAGCCUAAAGGUGAUGUUACACUGGCAACACAGCGUUGCAAUGUUGGAACAAUGUUGUAACCAUUCGAAACAAUGUCGUAACAAUGUUGAAACGCUGUGUUGUCGCGAAUAACAUCACCUUAAUCAGUAAGGCACAAGAGCAAACUGUUCAAUGCGGCAAGAAAAAACGAAGCAGGAAGAAGCAAGAGGGAGAGUUUCGUCUUGCUCAUGGACAUUUUCUAUAGAAAUAGGGGGAGUCUAAUAUAUUUAAUUAUAUUUCGCAACGCAGAGAUCUUCCAUCUUUGUUGGUCAGUCUGGCUUGGUGAACUUCACAAUCACUGUUAACAGCGACAAGUGCAAGGCUCUGGAGAAACGUGUUAGUUUACAGUUGGAGGAGGAGAGUGUUUUUAGUGCUGUGGUAGGAAUCGAAAACAAUGAGAUUAUCCUAAACAAGGUAUAAAUCAGAGCUAAUGUGUUGCGUAGUUCACCCGUAUGUUAUAUUUCUUUUUUCAUUCUUUUUUCAAAAAUGGAUGGCCUGCCUCAUCUUGUUUUUGUUUUGUCAAAUCGUUCAGGAACGCGAACCUAGAAGUAUAAUAUAUAUAAUCGUAUUGAAUGUCUUUUUUUUUCUUGAACGGCUUCAAAAUGUCUGAUAUAGAUCAACUCAUUCUUGCGCUAAUAUUUAGAUUUGGGGUUGGUUUAAAAAAUGGAUGGCCUGCCUCAUUUCGUUUUUGUUUUGUCAAAUAGGGGUGCGAACCUAAUAGCAUGAUAUAUAUAAUCGUAUUAAAUGUUUUUUUUUUCUUUUUACCUUUUAUAGUUUGGAAUGAAACUACCAGAUAUUGACAUAAACAAAGCCGAGACUCGAGUAAGGUGUGUGUCAUUUACGCCUUUGCGCAAGAAUCUAAUUAGUUUCUGCUGUACACCGUAAACCCUUUGUAAGCUUCCCCUUUUUGCAGAGAAAGAAAGUUAUUUAGCCCCCCCCCCUCAUUCUUCACUACCAAAGUUAUAAAUGAUAGAUUGUAUUAAUUGAUCAAUAUUGUAGCACCUCAAUUCACGCGCUGGAAGUUCAGACUUUUCUUCUACUGCAUGAUCUCCAACUUCAUUUCCUUGAGCUUUUCCAUUUUGCUUUCUGGUUCUAUAUGGAGAAUUGAUACCAUUUCCUGGUCAGUUUUUGAAAAAGCGGCAUAGUUCCUCGUUUUGCGAAAUUAAAUACCCUCCUCCCCCAUUACCAUCUUAAAUAGGCCCCCUCCUUAAACGUGCUUUAAGGAUUUACAGUAAUAAUGUUCUUCUUAUGAAUACCAACAGUUAUGCGCACAAAACAUAUUUUAUUAUAAUAACACAGCUCGACUGCAUGAAGUCGCACCUUUAAAUAAUACCAUGUAAAAAUAACAUUGGACCGUAAUUAUUAGUAUUGGCCUUUCUUACUCCCGCUGUGGAUGGAAAUUUAGUUUUCUUUUGUUCUUUAAGUUCGUUUUUACUUUUUGUUUUCAGAGUGAUUUAUUCCCGUGGAGAUAAGCUGCCUGAGAGAGUGGACGUUGAGCUUAAGUCGGUGAUCGAUAAAGUGGAACCAACUGUUAUCAAAAACGUCGGGUUCGAUAAUUCAUCCUAUACCCUGAUAGCAACUGGCGAGUAAGUAAAAUAUUUAAAGAAAGACUUCCGUUUUUUAUUAAUUAAAGAAGCUGUCUAGCCCUAACCUCUGUCCCUUCUAAGAUACAAACCCUGGGACGGGUUUGUCUGGCCUUGAGUUUGUUUGAAACGUGGACUUUCAAAUCCGCCGAAUUUGACGUUCAUGACUAAAAUAUAUUGUUCUUGCUCUUUUGCAUUGGAUUCGGCAGCAUAUGUGAAUUUUGAAGUUUCAGACGGACCUUAGCAACGCUAGAAGUCUUACAAGCUUGUAUAGUUGGUUUUGAAGACCUGUUCGUAAGAAAUGAUGUCAGAAAUACUCUAAGAUUGGUGAUCAACUUUGUUUUCCUGUUUUGAUUUGAUUUUUUCCCCACAGAUAUUAUCUAAAUACUAUUAUGGAGGCUGAAAACGGUACCAAGUACCAAGCAAUGGUGAGAAAAAACUACUCUUGAUUAUACUUUCAGCAAAGAAUCUUCUCAUUGAAUGAGAAAGAGAAAAUACCGUAGAUCAACAAUUAUUUCAGGCAAUCAACCAGGGGCACCCAACGGCAAUUUUCGGGAAAAUAUCUGUUCGGAAGACGAUUUGAGAUCUAGAAUUUUCGGAGCAUUUGUUGUAAAAUUUCUUGUUUGCCUGCCUCUCCUAGGAUUUUCGAACGUCUACAAAAUGGUAUAAUUACCCAUUUUUAACGGAUUUUGACCCUAAAAAAAGGCCACCUAGAAUUUUCGGGAGCCUUUUCCUGGCUAAAAUUUUCGAGAAGGUAAGUUUUUAUCCCUAUAAUUUUCGGAUCACUAGACUUUCAGCUAGGAAAUCCGAACAGAUGAAAAGUUUUUAGGGAAUAAAAAUAUGCCUAUAUCUACCGUUUGAAUACUAAAAUACGUUCAACAAUGCUCUGUUAAGUGGUUUUGAACUAUAUCCUCGUUGGGUGCCCCUGAUCAACUUCUUAUGACAAACGCCUGUUUGUUAGGAUCGAUGGUACCCUACGGGUGCCAGAAGCUCUUCAUGCGCGGUUUCCGGCCUAAGGCCGACAGCGAAGCAUCCCGCCGCACACGAGGAAAAAUCUUCUGGUAUGUACCCUGUAUACCCAGGGUAGAUUAGACUACUCUGGUCUACUCAUGACGCAAAGGUUUUAUAGCCAAGUCUAACCCUUGUUUUGAUUUUUUCUUUCUAUUUUUUAUGACUAACGCUCAGAAUUGUUUAAUUACGUCUUCAAGGAGCAGAAUAAGAAAAUAAAGUUUGGCAACUUUGGUGGCUACACAGUGGUUAUACAUCCGCCAGAAAAUGACCCCAAUUCCACGAAGGUAAUUUGAGUUACGUGAAAAAUUUUUUGCUAUACAAGGAUUUUAAUGAAGACCUGUGAUCUUGUCUCCGUUCUUUUAGUUCGAGACAUCGAUGUACGAGGAUGCCCCUGGAACGGCUGUGUCUCGCCUAUUGCAGGUUCCUCAGUACGUAGUACUGACCGCAGCUGAGGUGAUGUUCUCCGUCACUGGUUUGGGAUUUGCCUACUCACAGGUGGGCUUUAAAUUUAAAAAGUUAAUUUUACUUGCAACUUAGUUGCAUAUAUACAGUAGCGACAGGUGAUGAUCGUGGGACGACGAUUAUCUUUGGUGUCCCAAGCAGGAUUAGAUAAAAAUUAAAGAAGUGACGACUUCCUUGGUAAAAGCUAGAACAACCUCAGAAAGGUAGAACUGUCCAAAUAAGGGUGGAACGGACAGGUGAAGCCCUUUCAUAAGAUAAAUUACAGCCCCGCCCACCUCUUGUGGAGGCUCGUCUAAAGAAUCGGGAAUAGCAAAUCGAAGGCGCUUUACCAUGUGAUCAAAUUCGCGGUUCUAUUUUGUACCAUGUGACGUGCUUGUGAGUUUGAAAGGGAAACCUCCCUCGGAGAGUUGAGGAUUUCUACAAAGAAAGAGUAGAUGCCUGUCAUGAAGGGCGGACUUAAGCUUGCUGAACUCAUAUUUUUUAGGCUCCCUCAAGCAUGAAGUCUGUUCUGCAGUCCUUCUGGCUGUUAACUGUUGCUUUUGGUGAUCUUAUCGUCGUCAUUCUAGCCUCGGUCAUGCCUGCUUUAGGAGUGGUAAGUAACUUGAUUUUCUCUGCAAUGAACUCCCUAGAAUUCCCAUUCGAGUCUUUCGCUACCUAAUACUAAACUCCUUCCCCUCAUAAGUACACUAUUUACAAGACUACCCACCCUUACGCGUUUCGUAAGACGUAUUAAGCGAAAACAGACCAAACAAUGACACAACGUUUUAACAGGAGACGAAACAGGACAUGCAUCUCAGUUGACAUCAGCUGUCCAAUUUCCCACUGAAUUUAUCAAAGAUGGACCACACUACGGGGUCUACGUCUGCCUAACUUCUUCAAACAGCAGUGUGGUUUCUUUUACGCCCCGUAAGAGUCCAGUCUGAACGGUGAAAGCCCGUGAGAAGGCGCCUUCAGUUUUUCGUCCUCAUCCGAACGAUUAGAAUGUCUUUGAACCAUUUGCAGAUGUCAGGGUAAAUUGUUUCAAGGCCCUGAGCGUUGGCGAGGCUGGGAAUCAUCAACCUUACAAUAGACCCCCGGCCGGGCCUGUUGCCAACCUCGUUCCCAGGGAUUUUCCCCUUAGAAAAAAAUCCCGCCCCUCCCAUAAUAGCCUUGGGACGAGAUUGGCCUGUUGCGCUAAAACCUGGUACCCAGCCAAUGAAGUUCAGUCUAAUACUAGGUAGCCUUCGUUCAAAACAGCUUCUAUAUGACACGUGACUCACCUUCACACUUGAAAUGUUAUCGACGAUAUGAUCUAAAGGGGGAAACAAAAACAAAUUACUAAGGUACCGUAACAUGACACCAUAAUAUCUCUUUUGUUUUUGUUUGGCUAUUACAGGAAAAAGAGAUGUUUCUGUAUGGCGGUUUAAUGGGAGUCAUCGCCAUUAUUUUUGGAAUAAUGUCGUACUUCUAUAAGUACGUUACGCCUGAGGAACUUGGAGAAGUAGAUAAAGACGAGGAAAAGAAAAAUCUUGAAGUGAACGGAAUUCCACUUGAAGAUCGUUCAGACAACACCAAAGUAUAAUUCAGUCUCGCUGAGGACCAAAGAUUGCUUCGCGUUUUCUUUUUUUUUAAAAAAGUGAUAUGUACAACUCCUUUCGCGUCCUCGUUCAGAUAAAACCUUUUUUUAUACACUUCCACAGCAUACCUUUUUUACUAAUGUUGAAAAACGAAGAUGAUUUCACUGAAUCGAUAAUUGAGGACUUUUCGUCAAACUUCAUGGCGUGGGCGACCCUAUCGGCAAUAUAAAUAGCCCAACACUGUUUUGACGGCAGCCCUCUCUUGAAUUUGCUUGUAUGUUUUUUGUUCGAGGAAAUAGAGACAAAAUAUUUUCACUGGUAUGAUGAUCCUCUCUUUUUACGCAAAAUUGUGGCCUUAGGGUAAAUAGCCUGCUCCACAGCCGUUCUUUGUGUCGUCACGUAACGAGGAGGGAGGAACGCUGCGUGAUGACACAAAGAACGGCUGUGUAGCGGACGCUUCGUGAACUCUUUUUACCUCGCAUCAAGACGGAUAUGGCGAAGUGUCUUUGGACCAAACUUUCUCAGACAUGGUUUAUUAGCACCGGUCCGGGGUGCAAGGUAUAUACAUUUACUAUUGUAAUAGGUUAAAAAUAAUCAAGAAAAGGGUAUAAUUUGUAGUAAAACAAGUGUACGUUCUAGACCUUUUUGUUACAUUUUAUAUGUAUAUUGUCUAAGAUGUAGCUUACAAUAAUUCGUUUUUCUGUCAUGAGGACGAACGAUUAGUUUUUUCAGAAGAGUAGCACCGUGAUUUUAUCACAUGUAAACCAUAAAGUCACACUGUAGUAGACCGAAAACACGAUAUUUUGUGCAGAGAGUAAUUUGAAAUCUUAAGCUCAGACACUGUUGUAACUUUUGAACUCGAUUAUGACGCUGGUAAUUGGUAAAUAAAUAAUAUUUUUUUAAAUAUUGUUGAUUACUUAAAAAAAGAGGUGGUUAGUACCUGAUUUCGCGGGAAAACCAUUUGUGGCGUCGCAAAAUGUCAAAAAGUUUUCUUUCUAUGGUCAAAAUUUGUCUCUAGACAUCAUGAGGCAUUUUUUCUCAUGACCAUCCAUAUCUUCCCUUUUAGACGGUUUUCGGCCCUUUAGUACGGGUUUGGGUAAAACGAAUUUUGCAACACCAAAGGUAUAUUUUCCUGCUAAUCAGAUGUUUGAGUUUCUUGUGCAUGCGCGUAUGCCAAAAUGUGGUCCUUUUUUUGCUAACCUAUUUCGAUAUUUCUCUCUCCCUCUCCUUUUUCUCUUUUCCUUCCUUUUUAUAGCCAGUUUUUUUUGCCCACUUUAUCUUCUGUAUUUCGCAUGGAAUUGUGACUGCCUAACCCUCAGGAAAUGGAUAAAUUUCAUCUGCAAAGAGCAUCAGAUGAAUAGCAAAAUUGCCAGUGGAUUUCCAUAAAAUGUUACUAGGUUUUUUGCAACUCUUUCAGGAUUGGUCAAAAUUUGCAAAAUGAGAUCCAUCCUGGCUGAUUUCGCUCCUUAUCAACUUAGUGGCUUAAACUGAAGGCUGAAUGAGUCCAGGAAGGAUAAUAUGCAUCGUUCCAUACAUGAGAGGGUUCCAUAUGGAGAGAAAACGACCAGAAGAGCCGUCAAGGGGUUAAGAUCUCUACUUUCGUCAUCCUCGGAGACCCAGGGGCUCAUAGUGGGGGCGAGGGAAAGUCUAAACGGGUGGAAAAAUAAGGCACGAAGAAAAGUAAAGAACGGCGAGAAGAGCCCCUGGGGACAAAGUCUUAACAGACCAGUUCCAAACGGUCGCCGCCGUUCUGGCUUCUGAUUGGUGCCAGAAAACUUGUGUUUUUCUGGCACCAAUCAGAAGCCAGAACGGCGGCGACCGUUUGGAACUGGUCUGGUAAGACAUUAGGGCCAUUUAUACGAGGAAAAAUAAGACGCGUCGUACAUAAGACGCCUCUUAAAUAAGACGCGAACUUUCCGUAUAAACGGCACAUUUCGUCUAAAAUAAGAUGCGGCUUAGCUAUGACGCGUCUUAUUAGAUAAGACAUGCUCGUAUAAAUGGUACAGUUCGCGUCUUAUUUAAGACGCGUCUUAUUUUUCCUCGUAUAAAUGGCCCUAUUGUCCCCAGGGGCCCUUCUGGCCGUUCUUUACUUUUCUUUUGUGCCAUAUUUUCCCGCCUGUUUUAUAGACUUUCCCUCGCCCCCACUAUGUGCCCCUGGGUCUCCGAGGAUGUACUUUCGUGAACAGGACUAAAAAACAAUUUUCCUGGCGAUAAUGCACCAUGCUCGGUGUUGAAGAGACUGUGCCCCUGGGUCUCCGAGGAUGUACUUUCGUGAACAGGACUAAAAAACAAUUUUCCUGGCGAUAAUGCACCAUGCUCGGUGUUGAAGAGACUUGUAAAGUUUACAAUCUAUUUUUAAAUUUAAUUUGUUGAAAUCUUAUUCUUAUUGUUCUUUCGUAUUUUGCCUUAAUCCACCAAUGGACCAUUUAUUUGACAAACUAACACAAAGUAAUUUACUUAGUUUGAAUUCAUUUUGAUUGGCUCGGUGGUUGAAGGUCAAAUAUGUUAAACAAGCAAAUGAUAGUCUAAACAAAUCAUAAAGCCUAGGAAAUUUUUCAGUAACUAGAACGGACUCAGGUUUUAAAAUCUUUAUUCCGUUAGUUUUCCGGGAGAUAUUCUUAGGGGCUUGUGGUCAGCGCGGUUGUGAAUACACAUUGGAAAUCAAGGAUGAGAAAACCGAAACAAAGAUAUCGUACAACACUCAUCCUAGCGACAGCCAUUACGUUAGUUGGCAUAGCCUGCUUAAUAACGGGUGUCGUUUUGCUUGUAAAGAGAAAUAAUUCCGUCAAUUGUGAGACAACGGAAGGUAGCGAAAAGGAAAAGAGUCGCGACAAGAAGGUGGAAAGAUGCGCUUUCUCGGUUGAAGCAAAGCGGUGUGGCCUGGAUGUAUUUCUGCAAAAGGUUUUCGACACAACCUAUGAAUUACAUCCGUUUUUAAUCUCAAUUAAGCCCAAAGUGAGUGCAGAAGAAGUUAAGAUGAAGUAUAAAGCGUAUGAUCCAAGUCCUUCCAACCUUAAGCACGUAACAGACAAGGCAAAAAGCCUUCUUGAAGAGCUUACAAGAAAGGAAAUCAACGAGAAAAAGCUUAACUUGAGAGAAAGAAAAGCUUUGGCGCAAUUAAGGCAUUUCUUAAAACAUGUUUUUGGAACACCAUUUGACGGGAAUUACUACUUUGGUGACUUUCUUUUGGGGCCGAAUGUGUUCUGCUGGCAGCACAUAUGCAGUGUUGGGAGCUCAUUGCAGCAAAGCCUGGGUUUUUUCAAACCUGCCGACGCGAGUGGAUUGGAAGUUCUCAUCGAGAAGUUAGCAGAAGUAGAUAAGACAUUCAAGACUUACACCGAUAACUUAAAAUACGGGGUAAAGGCGGGAAUGGUGCGUAGCGAAGAAGAAUGCGUAGCCGGUCUUGAUGCAAUAAAAAGGCACUUUUUUAGCAUUUCAGUUGACGGACCUGAAGGUUUGUAAAUAUAUUUCACGUUUUGCAGAUCCUAUUAAUCAGAGCAUAAUUCUUUCGUUUCUAACUCGUUUUAUUCGCUUGUUGGUCAGCUUUUUUGCCUUCACCCGAUUUAAUAAGGCCAUAAUAUACUCCGAGCUUCUGUUUCGUUUUUAAAGUGAGUUGAAUAUCCCAACUCUGAAAGAAAAGUAAUUCCGUUCAGAUGGAAAAGGGUCUAUUUGUUGAUUAUUCAAAUGUAGAAAUUUUUUCAAGAUACUGAAGCGAGUUUAUGAGGAUUAUAAUGUCACGUUUAGUGACAUAAAACUGUCAUAAGAGGUCCAUUAUAUCAGAACGCUGUAUCAUUAAACACGUUUAAUUAGUUUUAUUACAAUCUAGAAAAAUCAACUUCACGUCUUUGGUUAAAAAAGUUUCUAUUCAUCACCGACAAGGCAUUUUGAGUGGGCUACAGUACACUGCGUUUUAUUUCUUUAUCAGUGUGUUUCUUCUUCACGUGUUCAAAACUUGACAAACCAAAAUAAAACAAUCGGGCAGUUCGCUUUAGAGCAGUCUUUAUCAUUAUAAAUAUUUAAACAAGUAAACGAAAGCAACGCAGCUUUUUUUCAGAAAAUAUUAUCAAAGGGCAGUAUAAAAAAAGAAAAUAAUAAGCGCUAACAAAAGACCAUAAAAAAAUAUCAACUUUCAUUUUGUCAGGCUAUAUUCCCUUACUCUACCCUGGUAAAAUCGUAUAUUCUAUAAGAAAGACUGUAGCAAAGAAUAACUCGCUUGACCGCACUUUUGUAAGAUUUGAAUAUAAUUCAGUUCUUUUUAUGAAUUAUCUCCAAGAGGAUAAGGUUUAUAAUUACCUCCAUGCUUAAUUUAACCGAGGAUUUUAUCAGGUUUUAGCCUGUGAACAGGCCUUUGGUCGAGCGGGGAAAGAGAGCCUGUUCACAGGCUAAUCAGGUUUAAAAGGUCUCGGCUUCGCCUCGAGUUUUUAAACCUGAUAAUACACGACUGCGAGUUUUUUGAACAGCUUCAAAAUCUCUAAUAUGGAUCAACUCAUUCUUGCACUAAUAUUUAGAUUUGGGGUUAUUUUGGUCUAAAAAAUAGGUGGUAAAGUUUAGCCGUGUCUUUUUCAAAUAUAAAGACACUCGUCUAACUUUAAUUUAUUUUGUUUUCUCUUUAUGAAUUAUUAAUGAGUUUUGAAAUACUCCUGUACCCCGACUAACAGUCCUCUCAGUUAACAGUUUUGCUCGUGCCAUAGUAUGUCUACUACAAAAAAAUUGAAAAUUCUCUGUUACAGCUUACGGUCUUCAAGUUCGUUUUUUAAAACGAGAGACCGUAACUGGCUGAAAAAUAUGGCAUUGUCGGUGCAAGGUAUGUAGAACAAUCAAAGUAGUUACUUAGGCGCAGAUCACUAGAAAAAACGUGACCGUUUUCUGCUAACGUCAUAACGUACAGGCUUCAAUUCUCCGCUCUCUCCGUCCUUCCCAAUAAGGGCAGGACAAAGCGCAGGGUCAUUUCCGCAACAGCGGCUGAUAGACGAUCCUACAUAACUUACAGUUUUCUUUUGUAAUCGAAAGUCUGACAGUUUUUCUUAAAGCAACGACUUUUCGUAAAUCUACGCCUGGUUAAAUGCACCACAGAUAGCACUUUCAAUAACGUUGGUUUUGUGUCAAGUUUUGUCUCUGCCAUUCACCUGAAGCCUUAAAACAUGAUUCAAAGCCUUAUAUCAAGGUACAUAUUCUCAACAGGUGCAGAAACAUAUAUGUUUUAGUUCUCACUGCAUAUAUAAUGAGCGCAUCUCGGAAACAUGACUGCGUUCUACCAAUCCCAGAGUUCCUGGUAAUCGGGUUCGAUCAUGAUCCUUUGCGGUCUUCUGCCAUACAUUUAGGCAUCGUGGUGCAAAAUCUCGCAGGUUUGACGGGAUUGCGUGCAGGAAGCGCUUGUCGCCCCUCCCACCUUCUCCGGUGGCGAUGACCACAUCAGCCUCGCUGCAUAUCUUUUCCUAGGUAGUCGUGGAUUCCUCCCGAAACUUAGUCUACCAUGAUACGACAAAGAUGUGCAGUGAGGAUAAAUUACUACUUAAUGCUUUAAACUUCUGUAUUUUCAAUCGAAUCAUGUCUGUUACGCUUUCUCUUAAUGACGCAGGUGUUUUCAACGAGUCAUUCAUGCAACACAUCUUAAGACCAGACUUUCUAGUCAUGCUGGAACACAAUACAGAACAGAUGGACAAGUGGAAAACAAAGCACCAAGGAAAGACACCUUCUCAAUCUCUCCGCGAGAGCAUCCUGGAUCAUGUCGGGUGGCCAAUUUACACCUUUUUAAGGUAACGUUUAGUUGUGUUGGUGAAUGUAGCUAGCCAAACCUCUGCCAUUUUGAAAGCGGGUAGAUAAUCCAUGUUGACCAAUCACAGCUCUAAGCAACUGCACCUUGCAGGGGAAAAACAAGUGAGAGCAAGUUGCAGUCGGUUUCUCAUUAUAUUAGGGCCUGAUUGGUUGGAUAGGUGGCGGGAAAGUUUGAGCCAAUCACCGGUAAGCUAGUUUUCAUACUGUAUUAAUGUACAGAUCAAUUGUACACGUUUGCUUUCUGCACUUGCGGCACCGAUUAAAAGACGUGUGACAAAUUACCGUAAAAUUCCGAAAAUAAGCCCCGGGGCUUAUAUUUUUCAAAGGCCCUUUUGGAGGGGCUUAUUUUUGGAGGGGCCUAUAUUCGGAGGGGCUUAUGUACUGAGGGAAAUUUGCGUUUCAAAAUCGAUUGGGCUAGCUUGCAGUGGGAAGGAAAUUUACCAUGUUUUCGUUGUUUUACUUUGUAUUCGAGGGCAAUUUCCAAGUACAAGCCCACCAGGGGGCUUAUAUUCUGAGGGGCGAUUUAACGCAGGGUUUUUUGCAUUACAGUUUUGGGGGGUUAUAUUUGGUGGGGCCAGGAGCCCUUACUUUAGUAAUUUUACGGUACCACUUCUAAUUGCUAUCAGGUACCUGGAAGAGGACCACAUUCAGUAUUGUGUGCCCAGCAGUGUUUCAAGUGGCCUGUCGUCUCUUCCAGUCUCCUAUGUGUAUGUCAACGGAAGUGCAAACAUUUCUCAGACAACCACUAAAGUGCUACCGUUUGGUGAGCCAUUAAAUGGAUCCACGGCUUAUAUGGAGCUUCUUUCGUUUUUUACCACGACAAACAGUACCCCGGAUGAGGUGUACAACCUUGGUUAUGAUAUGCUUCGUAAGCUAUACCCAGAGGUAACAUCAUUAUUAUAGAGAACCUAGGCUUAAUAUUACGAGCAACAUUUUUCGUACAACACGAAGAGUUACAAUGUUGACGGAGUGGAAGUUAAGACUGUUUGAGUUUGUCGUAUCCCUUCCAUCUCUAGCAAUAACCGCCUCCUUAGAUUAUACUGUAGAUGAUAGGGUGCCAGUCUUCUGAGCUGGAAGUCGCAUGUUUAAACCUCAGCAGUCAAACUACCAACCAGGGUUUGGUAAGGUAAGAACAUGCUGGCUUUGAUUAAGAUCUUCUCUCAGUACAGGUAAUCGCGACACUGGGCAGUUACAUUAAGCCUUUGGUUUUGUCUACAUCUAUCAUGAGGCCUAGGGAUUAGGCAAUAUCAUGAGUCAUUUCUAAACAACACCAAGCGGGCGUUAAGACAGCAGGGAACGUUAACCCUGGCGAUGUGAGUGCGUGGGUGUUAGGGGAACAAGACUGUUGUCCACAGUAAUGGCUAGGCAGCCGUUUUGUGGCCCGUGAGCCUCGUCUGAACCACGCUAAACUAUAAUACCACAACAUGAUCUAAACUUGACCAAGCAACACUGCCGCGCCACAAAAUGCGCAAAAAUGUUGGUUUCCCGUCCAUUAGCUGGGUAGUAGCUACUUAAGGACAUAGUUUGUAUAAAUUGCCUUAACCAUUAUUAUUAAUUCUCAGGCACUAGAAGUAGCCCACGAACUCACUGGUCCAAACAACACCGACGUCACAGCAAAGGAUGAAUUUAUGAAGCUGUUGAACGAUUCAAACAUGUUCUUCAAUAAAAAGUCGUUCCCUCAAAACGAAUCCGACAAGAAUGCUUUUAAGCUAUGCAGCUCUGUUGAAAAGGCUGAGAAAUUUUGUCCAAAACGUUGGCGGGCCAUUCAAGAGUGGUUUAAAGAGACAAGAGAGGUAAUUGAAACAAAUUUGAAUACUCCACAUGAAAAUCAGAUAGUGUAGUAACCAUGGCAAAAAAUAUAUAUCCAAGUAUCACAUGAUAACAAGUAUGAUGUAUUAUAUGAAGGUACUCUCACAUCCAAUUACAGGUUAUGAGCAUGCUAGAUCCCAAAACAUCACAGAUGUUCUACUUCACCGGAGAGAAAAACACAGCUCCAAACUGUCCAGUAGAACUGAUGCCGAAUUUCAACCCUUCUGCCGGCGUUCCUAGUUAUCUGGGAAGCGAUAAAGCCUGUAGUAGAACUGCCAUAUACAAAAUUCCUUUCUUUCUGGAAUGGCUUGGGCCUCGUUAUAUGCAGUGGAGUGUUAACGCUCACGAAGCAAGGCCUGGGCACCACACGCAGGUGAGCUCUAUGUCAUCCUGAUCCGGGUACCUGACGUACGUGGGAUCAUUCCGAUUUUCAAGUGAAUUUUCCCGCCUUUAUCAUCAUGAUCUUGUUCUAGCGAUGCAACAUAUAAUAAUAGGCAUCUUCCGGGGUGAAUGAGGAGAACUUUUAUUUAACCAUCUUAUUCUGAGAGUUGAAAAAAUUCAAGAAACUAGGUGGGUUGUGCUAAAAGAGACGAAACUUUGGCUAAUAGAAUAGCCUGCAGAGCAGGAGUUUUUUAACGAAAACUCGGAGGUACAUUGAUCGUGGCCGCCAUCUUGAAAAGCAACGAAAAAGACUAAGGGGGAGGGGCGGUGGAAGGGGGGAGGGGCGGGAAGGAGACAGGAGAAAACCCCCCUCCCCUAUUUUAAACCCAUCUACCUCUCCCUUAAAAACACUUUUUGACUCGUCCCAACUCUCUGGUAGUAUUAACGUCCAAGCUGGCGGGACAACGUCAUUCCUGAAAACAAUUCAAGGACCCGCUCCAAAAUACGCCUGCUUUGCAGGCUACUAAUAGAACGACUAACGUGACGUCUUCCUGUCCUCCCUUAUGAGACACACCUAUGAAUAAAAGAAAAAAGUCCCGUCACUUUACGUUCUGCAUAGACUGUAUACACAAGAGCUUAUGAUCGUGAGACUUAACAGUCGUUGCAAACCAGCAAAGAUAUGCAGACACUUCACACGAUAAAACAAACCAGGUACUAAAACAUUUUGCAUAUUAAAGUGUCGCUUUAAGUGAAGAUAAGUAGUUUGCAUCAGAGAGCUAAAAAGUGGAAGAGCAAGCAGUAUGAGACAGAUUUUAUUGUCGAGGACUGGCCAGUAACGAGCCUUCCACUUAAAUCUUCUUUUUCCGAACAUCUUGCAUAGCUGCCGUGUUUGUCGUUUUUAUCAGGUACAGGGUCUUACAGAGCACUUUCAAGACACAUGCGGAGGAGUAAUUGGCUGGUUGUCGUCAGUGACGUUCUACACAGCAUUUAUCGAGGGCUGGGCGUUAUAUGCGGAGAACCCCCUUAUUGCUUAUGAUACCGACACUUACAAAGAUGAGCCGCUAUACAAAUAUGGCAUGCUGAAGUCCCAGGUACAGCCAACGAAUUCAUUCAUGUAAAUCUUUUCAAACCGAUCAUACCUCCUCUAGUUACUUAGACUUAACAAGAGGAACAGCUGGGAGAAGGGCUUUAGUAAAACUACGAAUAAGCAAUCACAAACUCAUGAUAGAAAUAGGCAGAUACAAUCAAACUACGAAGGAUAAUAGGCAUUGCCCUAUUCGUGGAUGCAAUGUAAUAGAAGACGAAGUUCACUUUCUUUUUCAAUGUCCUACAUACUCUAUGAUUAGGAACAAAUUGUACUAUAAAGUCAAGACUCUGAUUCUACCCAUGUACCUAUAAACGUUUUGAUCAAUGAACUGAUGAACCCCUCUAAUUACUUUAUCAAUAUACAAUUCAUAAAAUAUAUUUCAGCUUGUUUUGAUGUUCGUGACAAAUUAUUAUCAAAGUAACGUAAUUACCCUGUGUUGUAAUUUUGAUCGCUAAACAUAGCUUUUGCAAUACUGUAUGUGUUUGUAUGGUCAUGCAAAUAAAGCUCGUUGUUGUUGUUGUAAAAUACUUCAAGACCUAAGGAAGUCAUUAGGGGCCUAAAAGCAUUUUGUUGUUGUUUCACAGCUAUGGCGGGCACUUCGCUUGAUUGUAGACACUGGAUUACACUACAAGGGCAUGACACGUGAGAAAUCAUUGAGGUUGUUCCAGAAAUACUUGUGGGAUAACAGCGAUGUCGCUAUAAAAGAAGUGACAAGGUAUCAGAGUGUACCAGGACAAGCGACAUCUUACAUGAUUGGCCAAUUACACAUCAUGAAAUUAAGAGAAUACGCGAAGAAAAAACUGGGAAAGGAGUUCAAUUUGAAAGACUUUCACUUUCAGGUGUUAUUCCAAGGAUCGGCACCACUGAGUUUUCUGCAGCAAAGCAUUGAGGAAUAUGUAGAUUGUACGCUUAAUAAGAACAAGGAGGGUUGUGAUGAAGUUCUUGACCCGCUCUUUAAAGAUUCUCAAGAUAGUGUUGGCAAAAACGAUGAGAUAGAUACAAUUGAUUCGACACAAAGAGAACUGUACUUUUAG